AUGGCUGCCACCAACAAUCCUGCUGCUGGUAUCAACCUUUCCCAGGAAAAGCCCAAGCCAAAGCCUCCAACCUGGCCUACAGAUCCCGAAAAUCACACGGUACCGUUACUAUCAAACCAUGUUUCCUGUGCACUCCCACGCGGUGUGCCGUUGUAG